UUGAAGACAAAACCGACGCGACGCCAUUGCGAGGGGAAGCUUGGGAUGGGGUCAGAGAGGCGUGUCGGCGUCGUGUCGGUUGGGUACGGAUACGCGCGAUAAUCCACGAAGAUUUACCACCAGGGUGUCGACCGACUGCACUCAUUGUCAUAGGGUUUCGGUGUCGGGUGCCGCUGCACGGCCCGGGUCUGCCUACUGCGGUCUUUGUUCAUUGUUACAUAUCUUUGGGGAAGUCUGUGCUGCAUUAAAAAUUAGAAAUGUCUGACGGCUAUGGAGGGAGCUAUGGAGGAGGAGGAAGAGCAGCCAGUGGCGGAUACUCGUCUGAUGACAGAUAUGGCGGCCGUGGCGGCGGCUACCGUGGUGGCCGCGAUGAGGGUGGUUACGGCGGCGGCGGCGGCUACCGCGGCGGCCGUGACGACGGCGGCGGCUACCGCGGCGGCCGCGAGGACAGAGGCUACGGCGGCAGCGGCGGCGGCGGCUACCGGGGCGGCCGCGAUGAGGGCGGCUACGGCGGCGGCCGGGACGGCGGGUACCGGGGCGGCGGAGGCUACGACCGCGAGGGCGGCGGCGGCGGGUACCGCGGCGGCGGCCGGGACGGCGGGUACGGCGGUGGCGGCGGCUACCGCGGAGGCCGCGGCGGCGGCGGAUACGACAGAGGUGGCCCAGGUGGCUAUAACAAAGGUGGGUACGGAGAUGACGACGCCGGUGGCGGCGGCUACCGGCAGACCUUCGAGGACACCAUCUUCGUGUCCGGCAUGCCGCCUGACAGUUCACAGGAGGAGAUCGCCGACUUCUUCGGCUCCAUUGGACGCAUCAAGCCGGACAAGCGGACCGGACAGCCGCGGAUUUGGAUGUACAAGGACAAGAUGACUGGCCAGAACAAGGGCGAGUGCACGGUCACCUAUGAGGACAUCGAGGCCGCCCGGUCAGCCAUCGGCUGGUUCUCGGGCAAGGAGUUCCGCGGUAACACCAUUAAGGUGUCGAUGGCAGAGCGUCGCACCAGCACGGACAGGUCGCGCGGCGGCGGCGGCGGACGCGGCGGCGGUGGCUUCAGAGGCCGCGGCCGCGGCGGCGGCGGACCGCCCGGCGCAGCCGGCGACUGGAAGUGCCCCAACGACGAGUGCAGCAAUGUCAACUUUGCCUGGCGCAACGAGUGUAACCGCUGCCAGACGCCCAAAGCGGACGGAGGCGGCGGCGGCGGAUUCCGCGGAGGCCGGGGCGGAUACCGCGGCGGGCGCGACGGCGGGCCCAUGCGCAGCGACUACGGCGGCCGCGACCGCGACCGCCCCUACUAGUGUCGCCGGUGGUCCAGCCGGUCGUGCCGGGUCGGUGUCAGAAUGUCUCGUGCUUGUCAUCUCAUCUUUCAUUUACGAAGGACAGCCGUGUCUUGAAGCCAGACGGUGCUCGGCCACUGUUUUAUAACGGGCGUGGCGCGUGCGCCCUGCUGUCACAUGACUUCAUGUUGAAUACACAGAAGUGAGCUGU